AUGGAUAGUGCAUUCCCUCAACGUCCCUCCUUCGUGAAAUACGGCCCAUACACCUACGAUGACUAUGGAGUCACCGUAGCCAGUAUCCCCAGAGCCUCAUCAUCGAUCCUGAACACGCUCUUCCCCGUGAAACCGGUCACUGCACCCAGCAGACGGCCUGUGAAGCGUUGGAUAGCUGCCCAGCUUCAGCAUUUCGGCAUCUCCUAUGAGCCUUCUAAUACUGUUGCUCAGCUGUUGGCUCUGCUUGAGAAAGAAUACAGAGAUGGACACUGCAAGUAUGACUCGCCUUCGGUCCUCCUCCUCGAGAAAACCUUGUACGACAUGUACCAAGCCGUACAGGAGGACUAUCAGCAGCAAAAGGCUGACUGGCGGGUGAAGAAGUUCGCUCGUCAGGUCACUCCCUCCGACGAAGCUCUGUUCGACCCUUCUCUCUUCAUGGCCAAGUACUUCCUCAACAAGGAAGACGGUGUGCCCGACAAGAGCAAGCAGUCAAAGGCCAUUGUCCUGCACAACGUGUACAACCAGCAGUUCGUGAGCAUUGCUCUUUCCAUCGCCGGUCUGAGCUUCCAGAUCAGUCACCCGGCCACUGUCAUCGGAUGGGCAGAGAGCUUCGAAGAAGGCUUGGAUGCAGGCUUCGCCAGUCUGGCAGACAAACACAUCAAGGAAUAUGUGCCGACCUUCGAGGCGAACUUUGACCACCGCCGCUUCCUGAAGAAGUACUUCCUCUCGCUUGACUACCCCUUUGAGAUGGGUGUCCCCGCUCAUGACAGAACCCUGGAGCCCGUUCAGCUCAUGCCACAGCUGUAUUUCGACGUUCGUGAGAAACUCAGAAAAGCCGUGGCCAAUAUCAACGGUCUCUUGAUCGCCACUACCCCGGGCCGCGGCGGUACCUGGACACUUCUGACCUGGAGCGAGCACGCCGAGAAACUCACCGGUGUAGUCGCCAAGAUCCACGCCGCCGGUAUGAACGAGAAGUUGUACGACGAUACUAUCAUCGCUCAGGUGUGGCAGACCAAGCUCAGUCGCCACAACCUGUUCAAGCAGCUUGUGAACCCCAAUAACAUCACUCCAUUGAGAUUGGGCAACCUCCAAGGCCAAUAUGUCAUCCGCUGCAACGUCAUCGACCCCUGGGGCUACGAGGACUUCUCACUCGACAUCAACGCACCCCGUCGCAACGAUCCCGCCGCGCGCGCCACCUUCUCUCUCGGAAAACUGCAGGGAGCUAUGAUCCUCGCUCUGGACUGCGACAAAGUCGACCAGAUGCGCCGAGUGCUGGACAAGAAAGGCACUACUCAGCAUGACACUCCCGAGUCCGAUGAUGAUGAUGAUGACGAUGAUUGGGAGAAGGUUCCACGCCUGACCGUCCACCGGUACAGAAACGACAAUGUCAAGUGGCGCGUCUACCUCCAGUAUGCUGGUACCUGCAACGGCCUGAACCAGGUCGACGAACACAACGAGCAGGUCGGGUACAUUGACUUCAACGUCGACCCUGAGCGAAGCGACGACGACGAGAAAGCCGUGGGGUAUGGUCUUGCCUACGGCCGCGGUUAUAUCGUCGGUCCGAAGUAUAUGACUACGCGCAGGAGUGAAAAGGGCGAGAUGCUCCCCAUUGAGGUCUUCAAGUGGACUGGCGAAACCGUGAGAGUGGCGGCCCCUUGGAAUGCGUUCAACUUCUGGGGUGGUUUCGAGGCUCGCUUCAGAGUUUGUGAGAGAGCUAUGACUAUGACCAAGGGGUAUGAGCUUUAG